CUUAUCAAUGUUUUAACAUCUCUAUGUACAAAUGGCGGAAACAAAAUCAAAACAAUUCUAGCUAUCAUCCUCGAAUAGCUGCAAAUAGCAUUUCUCUGCUUGAUGGAUUUCACAAAGGAAGUGGAGGCCAACCUGUUUAUGCUUAUUGAAAACACGAAGUUCCUUAAGCAAAUGGCCGACGCUCUUGGCGACUGCGAUGAGAAGGGCAAAAUACAAAAUUUCCUCAAAGAAAGCGCCAAUAAGCGGCGGCUGCAGAUAGGCGAAAAGGUGAUCCAAAUGGGACAGGAUCAUAAAGACACAUGCAAGGCCAUAGAUCAGGCCAAGGAGGAGAGUGCCACCACAGAGGAGCUCGCGCGAAAAGUCAAAGAACUGAAGCAGGAUGCCGCUAAAAAGUCGUCCAAUGUAAAGAACAAAGCCAAGUACAAAUGCUUUAAGAAAGAAAUGGAAUCACAUGCUGGUCUGGCCGUUGUCGCCGGCUCUACUUCCGAUGAUAAUUGCAGUAUGUCCGAAGUUGUGCAAACCGGCGGCGAUGUGUUCUCCCUACACGAUCCAUGGUCGAUGAUGCUGAUGACGGAGCCCGUGCGUAAUAAGAUGUGUGGUCAUAUCUACGACCGUGGAUCGGUUAACGCCAUGAUCAAGGAUAAUCUCAGUGUUCGCUGUCCUGUAUCGGGCUGUGCCAAUAAGCACUACAUUCAACCCUCACAUUUGGUGGACGACCUUGAGGUUUUGGAGAAGCUACGUCGUCAUCAGAUUUUAGAGGUGGAUUCCGACUCGGACGAUUCUGAUUAGUAGCUCAAUGUGUUUGUUGUAAUAUUAAGAAAUGAUAUGUAAUAGAUAAAGCCAU